AUGCAGACCCGGUUCACAACCCUAGUUGGUCGAACCCUAAUAUCGACCACGCGGUCCUUCUCGUCGUCCACCCAAACCCCACCCUCGACCACCACAACCUCCUCUCAAUUCCCACAGACUCUGGCGGGCCUGCGGGCCCGCCUCGCCGCCGAGUCUCCAAUUCUGACGGACUUCGUGGAAGGCGAAGGCCCAUACUCCGUCGAAGUUGGAACCAAGAAGAACCCUCUCCCCAAGCCAAAAUGGAUGAAGGAGUCAAUUCCCGGCGGCCAAAAGUACACUCAGAUCAAGAAGAAGCUCAGAGAAUUGAAGCUCCACACGGUGUGCGAGGAGGCCAAGUGUCCCAACCUCGGUGAGUGCUGGUCCGGCGGCGAGACCGGCACCGCCACCGCUACGAUCAUGAUUCUCGGUGACACAUUUUGUAAUGUGAAGACUUCGAAGACUCCACCUCCUCCUGACCCCAAUGAACCGUCGAAUGUGGCGGAGGCAAUCGCGUCAUGGGGUUUGGAUUAUGUGGUGAUUACUAGCGUGGACCGGGACGAUUUGCCUGAUCAAGGGAGUGGGCAUUUUGCGGAGACCGUGCAAAAGUUGAAGACGCUGAAACCCAGUAUGCUAAUUGAGGCUUUGGUUCCUGAUUUUCGGGGAGACUCCAGCUGCGUAGAGAAAGUUGCAACAUCAGGAUUAGAUGUUCUUGCUCACAAUAUUGAGACAGUUGAAGAGCUUCAGAGGGCAGUGCGGGAUCAUCGUGCCAAUUUUAAACAAUCUUUAGAUGUUCUAAUGAUGGCCAAAGAUUAUGCUCCUGCUGGAACACUUACAAAGACUUCAGUAAUGUUAGGUUGUGGGGAAACACCUGAUCAAGUUGUGAGGACAAUGGAGAAGGUGAGAGCAGCAGGUGUUGAUGUGAUGACAUUUGGUCAAUACAUGCGUCCUUCGAAGCGCCAUAUGCCUGUAUCUGAAUACAUUACUCCUGAAGCUUUUGAGAAGUAUCGAGCUCUUGGCAUGGAAAUGGGAUUUCGAUAUGUGGCUUCUGGUCCCAUGGUAAGGUCGUCAUACAAAGCCGGUGAAUUCUACAUCAAAUCUAUGAUAGAAUCAGAUCGGGCCACUUCUUCGCAUCUUUCUGUCUCAUGA